AUGACAAUCAAGACCCUCAGGAAAAAGCAGGCCCUCACUUCAGAACAGAUGCAACGUUUUUCUUCACAGACGAGGACGAUAAAAAAGUUACAAGAACAAACAGGUGGACAUGUGAUAAAUACCAAGUGCCCUUCAACUCAUGAUAAGAAUGCAUUAUGCUGUAAAAUGGCUUCAGAAUAUGAUGCAUAUUUGGACUCAAAUAAAAGGUGGUUCUGCCAUUUUGAUGAUGAUAACUAUGUAAACAUUCCACUACUGCUGAAACUGCUGCAAGGAUACAACCAUACACAGGACUGGUACCUGGGCAAGCCCAGCCUCAAACACCCCUGGGAGAUCACAGACAGAGACAACCCUCAGCAAAAACUUGUUUUCUGGUUUGCGACUGGAGGGGCUGGGUUCUGUAUCAGCAAGGGUCUUGCUCUGAAGAUGAUGCCACAUGCUAGUGGAGGUCGGUUGAUGACUGUUGGCAAGAAAACCCGUCUUCCUGAUGACUGCACAGUUGGUUUUAUCAUCAACUAUCUGCUGAAGACAGACUUGACUAUAAUCAGUGGAUUACAUUCUCACCUGGAGGCUCUGAUGCAUAUCAGAUCUAACGACCUGCCGAAACAGAUCACCAUCAGCUAUUCUCAGUACAAUGACAAGAUGAACGUCAUCAGCCUCCCUGGCUUCAGUGAACAGGAAGAUCCCACCAGGUUCCUGUCAUUCCAUUGUCACCUGUUUCCAACAUUCAGAGAAUGUAAACACAUGCCUUCAUGAUACUGAUUGGACAGUAGAGUGGAUGAUGUGAUAUAAGGCAACUGCUGAUUGGUCAACUACAUCCAAGGUGCAAUAAGGCAGCAAACAUCACUCUGGGUCCAGUGAAGUCUGUGAAUAGCAACCACCAACUGUGAUAUUAGAGGGAGAUAACUCUGUCCAAAGUCUCCACACCAUACAAGGGCAAUGAUUGGGACCAAUAGUGGGAACAUACAUCCUGAUUAUGAAACCAAAGCUACAGUAAACCAUUAGAUAUUUCAGCUUGCUAUUCAGAUCAAUCUAGAGGGGAAAUGGGGCCUUUGGUGAUUGGGGAUUUAUUAUUUUUAAAAUUUGUGUUAAUUCAUUUUUUUAAUGCUGGCAAGUUUGACUUAAAUGCAGUGCAUUUUUCCAGAGCAGAGCUCCAAAACUGUUGAACAUGUGUCGAUGACAGUUACUAUGCAGAUCAGUCUAGUUGUAGACUGGUUUGAGUUGAAGAUUUGGGAUAUUUAAAAGAAAUGAAUAGCAUUAUUCACUGAGCUGAAGGUAUCCAAUUGCAAUUAACCAAAAGUGGGUAUAACUGACUGGUAUGACUUAGUUUCCAUCUUGCCCCAGACAGGGUGAUCAUGUCUGCUCCUGAUGUCUUUUGUAUUCAUACUCCAGACGUGAAAAAAACUAACUUUAGUCUUCCAACUGUGUUCAAUGAUUGCAAUUUUGGCUUCUGAAGUCAAAGUAAUGAAUAUUCAUCAUACCAUCGGACGGAAUCAUCAUACCCAAAGAUAAAUGAUCUGUUCUGGAGUUCACAUCAUAAUCAUCAUACCUAGAUUGGGAGACCUAUUCUUUCCACACCAGGUCUGCAGCUGCAUGUAUUUGUGAAACAAUUCACUCAGAACAGAACCUGGUUUUGAAGCUGCCGACAUAUGAUCUAUAAGCAACGUUCCCUACAAUGUACUAGUAGUAUGUUCAGUUCUCUGUUCAGUUUUCACUGAAAUAUCUGUUCCUGAAAUGUAUUUUGUUAUAAACUGGGACCAAUAUUGUUUAUAAUGUUUCAGAUUUGUUAUUAUGUACAUGUUUGUUGUCAUCACAGUUCACAGUGUUUAUUUUACAACAAAGAUAGGUAUCAUUCCAAAUCUUUAAAGUAUUUUCGAUAUUGUUUGUAAUGAUCUCUUUGUGCCAAUAACUUUCCCACCUUACGGGGAUCAGUUCUUCCAUUUGAUAGUACUGUACCUCAAUAUUGCUUCCUUACCUCUGCUUAACAAUAAAGAAACACAAUGCUUUAGAAUUUCCUAAUGAAAUCAUACUGAAAUGUGUCAAGUUUGGAGGGUAUUUCAUUGGCUCAAAUCUUCUUAGACUGUCUACCUUUUGCAUGGAAAUAUGAUAUGGACAAAUUUGCAAGACAUUUUGCACAAACUGUUUGAAAAUCAAAUGCUUAUUAAAGAGUGUGUUAUGUACACCAUGUUUACUGAUGACCCACAGUAGGAACUUCCUACUGCUCAAUCAAAGUAUUUUUAUACAUUGAAUAAGGUGUAUUUUUACUUUUAUAGGCGAUCUAGAGGAAGGUUCUUUGCUUGCUGAUGAUAAAUGACACAUAUGACAUUCAGAUAACAAAAGUUUUACUGUUUGGAUUAUUAAAGAAUAUAGCACUCCAGAGAAUAUGUUGAGAAUUGAGAUGUCUGUCCUACUAAGCAUUAAAUGUUUCAAGUCCUGAAAGAAACAAGAAACUCUCUUCCAGAUAUUUCCACAUUGGGGGAAAACACCAAAGAAUAAAUAAUCAGUUUGUUUUAAUCGUAGUAUUGACACCGAGUCCUAUACAGGAGGACGUGAAACUCACAAUCCCACUUUUUGUUGUACCCAGCGUACACUGGUGUGAGUUAGGAUGUGACAUGGCUACCAGUAUUGUUUGCUCCACAGCAAUCAUGGCAAUGUGUUCAAACUGUAUCAGUUACAGUGUGCUGUAUGUGGACAUAUGACUGUUCUUGUUAACUGUGAUUUAGUAUACGUUAGCCCCUUUAUUGAAGUUAAGCUGGUAUAUUUAGUCCAGUAUUUCAGCAAAUGUUGUUUGCUGUCUAUGUUUUGUACAUAUAUCUGUUCUAGUUAGACCAAGCCAUUGUGUAUAUUACCUCUCUCUCUUACCACAGAGAUAUUCAGAGAAGAAAAUUGGCACUUUUCCCUCCUCUGGAACUGGUUUUCUUCUUGUCACUAUUGUUUUCCUAUGAAUGUGAACAAAAUAAUGGAAAUGCGAUUCUGGAUGUAUUUAGAAAACUUUUAGAUUCUGAAAACUUCAGGUGACCCACUGGUUGGUGGAAGUUGCUGCAGUUGUGUUGUGCAGAGUUGUCCCCCCUGGUAAUGUCCAGAGAGUUUUCUUUUGCUUUCAGCUGAUGCUUCUAACACUAAAUUAAGCAUUAAGCAUGAAACUCCCUUGCUACUGCCAUAUGUCUAAGUAUACCAAUGUUUUUAAUCAUUCUAUUUUGCACUUCACAACCAGCUUAUUCCAUCAAACAAUAGUUCCUGGUUCUCUGAAUUUUGAGACAAUUUUUGUGUGUCAAAGAAAUCUUUAGAACCUUUGUACAUGUAUAUAAGAAACCACAGAAUAUUUUGUCCUGUUCCUAAGUACUUUGCUUUUUAGUAUUACUAAACUGGAUUUUAGUAUGACACUACAUAAAUAUUCCUCAUCAGCAAAUGGAAAAUGAAAAUGUUCAAACAGGUUGGAGUUUUUUAAAUUAAAAGAUGUUCAACUUCUGUGCUCAGUUUGAAUUUUCCAAACAUUUUAUGUGAAUAUUGUGAUUACUGGGAGAAGGCCCUACACCACUAUCACACCUAGUAUUUCUUCUUUGUAUUUGUGCUGCAUGUUUUUCUCUUUAUUCAUUAAUUGUUUUUAAUGACUGUUUAAAUUUCAGUAUUUGAAUGUAGAUUUGUUGUACCUAAUAUGCUCAAUAAAGGUACAAUGGAGAGUUAAGAAAUCUAAGGUUAUUCAUGCUUAAAUAUAAGCCAGUCUCUGUUUUACAAUAUUUACAUAUAAUGAGCCAUUAUUACUGUUAUUCAAAUGUUUACAAAAAUCAACAGAUGUCUAUUAUGUCUUGUAUUAAUUUUUCAGACAUUGAAAUCAAUAUUAUGACUGCAAAGUGUUUAACUCAGCCAGUGAUCAAAUUAAGGCAGCCAAUGAUCAAGUUAUAAUGGCCAAUGAUCAAAACUGAUCAAGAUCAAAUUAACAUGACCAAAGAUUGAGGUGAACCGUUUUGUUUGUCAGUAUGUUGUUGAUAAUACAUUGCUAAGCACUGAGAAAGUGUAAUCCCAAGUAUAGCAUUUGUUGCAUUUGACCACUUUCUAAAAAGCCAUUGUGUUUUUGUAUUGAUUUAGCUUUAUAUUUCAGGUCUGGUACACUGUCUCAUAUGUAUAUUUUUUAUACAUUUCUUUGAAAAUACUAAAUUAUCACCAUUAACAUUUUUGCAGUGGUCAUAUUCUAUAUGGUGAGACUGCUGGCCCUUUAUGAUGAUAAGCAAAAUUAAGCACAUUACAGAUAUGUUAUUGUACUUGAUCUCGCUGUCAAGUUACUGUGAACGAUGUAUGAGCAGAUUAAUUCACUCUUGUAACAGUUGUAACUUGAUUGUUACAGCAAAUGUUGCCAAGUUUUUUACUUCAACCUUUGACAAAAUCUAAUAAUUCAGUUGAAUUUGCACAUUUGCCUUACGUACUUAUUUAACUGCUGAAAUAUUUGCUGCAAUCAUAAAUAUUAUCAUGAUAUUAAGUUUCAAUUUGCACUUAUCUGCACUUGAUGUUCAGAAGAGAUGAUAGGGACACCUGGUACUAAUGCAUGUCACACUGAGUGUCCACGUGGGUGCAGUGUGUCUGCUUCACGCCAUUAUUGGCCCACCGGAAUAUUGCUAAAAGCCAUGCUCUCUCUCAAAAUUACAGAAUGUCUUCCUUUCUGAUUAUGUUCCACAUCCUUAGCCAGAUCUCAAUGUAGGCCAAACCCGGCAUAAUGAACUUGUCUUUAGGGUGUAGACUUGAUGUUGUAAACAUGUGUCAGCCUGUGCCAUGAAGUUUUACAGACCUGUUGAUGGUACAUGUGUAAAACUAUACAUGUCCACAAUCACAAGUGCCUUUUGUAAAAUAGACUGCAGCUUCAAGCUGCUAUCAAUACUGUUAUUGAUCCAUUCCCUGAGAUUCUAUGUCUGUGUAUAUAAUGUAAAGACAUUGUCGAAUAUUUUUGUAUUUUAUCACAUUUUAUCAUCAUGUACCCAUCUGUCUCAUCCUUAUAACAACCGUGAGUAUCCUGUACAAAACGUUGUUGCAGUGCUAUCACUUUCAUUUCACAGCCAUUACAUAUUGUUUUAUUGUG